UUUUAUUUUUAUUUAGUGUAGAUAAAAUAAUAAUGGAAAACAGUAACGAAGUUAGGGAUCUCCUAAGUAGCAAAGAAAAAUAUGAACAAUGUAUUGAUGAACUAAAAUGUGUGCAAGAGAGCAAACAAAAACCUGACACCUUGUUUCUUUAUUUUACUGCAAUUAUUGGGACACUUCCUAUGGUAAUAAUUGGAUCAUCAAUAACAUGGACCUCCCCGGCCAUUUUGAAAUUAGAUUCCAACGAUACAACAAUCAAUCCUAUUGGAAAACCAAUAACGACAUCAGAAAUAUCUAUGUUAUUAGGAGCGCCUACGUUCGUAUCCUUAAUUACAUGUAGCAUCUUACAAAUGGCAGCAGAUCGAAUGGGCAGAAAGCUGAGUCUGCAGAUCUUGUGCUUAGGCACAUUGUUGGGUUUAAUCGGAACAGCUUACAGCACAAAUAUGACUUUGAUUAUAAUUUGGACUUGUCUUUAUGUAACUUUUACAGGCAAUACAUACAUGGUGCUCCCCAUAUAUAUAACGGAAAUUUGUGAAAAUCACAACAGGGCUAAAUACGGUAGCCUGAUGUCGGUUUGCCUCAGUCUUGGUGAGCUGUAUUGCUAUAUUCUUGGACCAAAAUUUGAUUUUAAAAUCUUUACACUUAUGGUUGGACUCCCCCUAGUACCAUUUCUUCUAUUUUUUCCAUUUGCACCAGAAUCUCCAGUAUACUUGUUAUCAAAAGGAAAAGACAAAGAAUGCAUAAAUGUAUUGAAGCGAUUGAGAAAUAACAAAACCGCUAAGGAAUUAUGUAGCGAUCUAAAUGACAUACAAGAAGAAGUGAAUAAAGCAAACUCAGAUAAUCAGCUAAAAAUUGUUCAAAUGUGGACUGUAAAAGAAGCUAGAAUUGGUUUAAUUUUAGCAACCCUAGUCAUUUGUACACAAUUUCUGUGCGGGGUACCGACUGUAAUGAGUCUUAUGGAACCAAUCUUUGAAGGAUCGGGUUCAAGCAUCUCCUCUAAUACAGUGGCAAUUAGUGUGGGAAUUGCUAAAACGAUUAGCUUCACUGUCAGUUCCAUGAUUGUAGAAAGAUUUGACAGAAAGAUAAUGUUAUUAGUUUCUUCAAUCGGAACUGGAGUCUCAGUAGGAAUAUUAGGGAUAUAUUUUUAUUUGACACAUCUUAAUUCUCCGUUAGUCUCCCAAUUACAACUGGUCCCUAUUGUGACAGUUUUAGUGUACGUAAUGUCCUAUUCUUUAGGUCUUGGACCACUUCCAAUAGUUAUAACAACUGAACUGUUUAGGUCCGACCUUAGAGCAACUGCCUUUAUUAUUCUCCUUAACACGACAGGACUAAUAUUCAUCGGUUUUAAUUCUGCGUUUCCCUUUGUAGCUGAGAUCUUAGGGAUUCAUUGGUGCAUGUGGAUAUUUGGUAUGUUCUGUAUUCUUGGCGCGAUUCUUAAUCAUGUCUUUCUACCAGAAACGAGAGGAAAAAGUAUAGCGGAAAUUCAGUCAUCGUUGAAAAAUUAUUAGAUUUUUUCUUUGUGAUAAUCAUCUGCUUACCACGGAAGCUUCACGAAUAUUCACUAAGGUUUUUAGAUAUAGAUAUUUUCAGAUUAUUUGGGAAUUAUUUUUAGAGUUACUUUACACAUUCGAUUGCUUUUAGUAAAGUUCUCUCUGAACCCA